GGGAGCCCCGUCUCCUCCGCGCCGCCACCGUCGCCGUGCCCUCCCCGGCCCGCCCCUAGCUUCGCUCGCCUCCAGCUGACAACCCAACAGAGCGUGCGGCGAAAUGGAGAUACAGACGUCCGGGAGGCCCAUCGAGGUGCUCAUGGAGAAGGUGCUGUCCAUGAACAUCACCUCCUCGGACUACUUCAAGGAGCUCUACAAGAUCAAGACCUACCACGAGGUCAUCGACGAGAUCUACCACCAGGUCGACCACGUCGAGCCCUGGAUGACGGGCAACUGCCGCGGCCCGUCCACCGCAUUCUGCCUCCUCUACAAGCUAUUCACCAUGAAGCUCACCAUGAACCAGAUGCACGGGCUGCUCAAGCACCCCGAUUCCCCUUACAUCAGAGCUAUUGGGUUUCUCUACUUGCGUUACGCUGCGGACCCAAAGACCUUAUGGACUUGGUAUGAGCCUUACAUUGAGGAUGAUGAGGAGUUCUCCCCUGGAUCCAAUGGCAAAAUGACAACUAUGGGCGUUUAUGUGCGCGAUGUCAUCCUUGGUCAGUACUACUUCGACAGUCUUCUUCCACGAGUGCCUCUCCUAAUUUUGCGACAGGUCACUGCCCAUCUUGAGAAGAUGAAGCUCCCAACAAAACAGUCAGGAAUCACUGGGGAUUCUAGUCGCCUUGGUUCAGAUGAUACUGCCCGGAGGCCACCUUCGGUAAAGGCUUCUUUGUCUGUCUCUUUUGGUCAGCGUGCUCCGCACCGUGCAUCCACAAGGGGCUCAUCCCCAGUCCGAAAGACACUGCCAUCUAUACGUGAAAGGGAAAGGAGUCACGAUGGUGGUAGUGCAAGAUCUCCACCCAGGAAGCACCGGAGUCAAAGUCGUGAGCGUAGCCGUGACACUGAGAGGGACCGUUCAGAUCGUGACCGUGGUAGGUACAAGGACAGGGAGCAAGGUCGGCAGAGCCGUGAUGACAGAGACCGUGAUUACCGCCGCUCAAGCUAUUCAGAAAGGGAUGUUGAGAGGCGAGGCCAUGAUAGGAGGGACAGGGACUCUGACCGAAAUGGACGCUCCAGCGCCCGCAGAAGCAGGAGCAGGAGUCCAAGCCGCGGCAGAACCAAUGGCGACAGCCAUCGGUCUAGCCCGUUUGGUAAAGCACCAGAGUCAUCCAACCUGGCAAAGCUGAAGGAUCUGUAUGGCGACGCAACAAAUGCAAAGGACGAUGCUGGCGAUGAUAGAGCUCGCAGGGAUUCUGGAACCGAAGAGGUGAUCAGAUUGGGAGGUGCCAGGUGGAGAGAUACGCAACAUAUGAUGGGAUUAUUCUCCCCUGAGCUGUCAUGUCUAGGGAAAUGUCAAAUCUGUUAGGUAGCUAAGCAAUUUAGUUGCAAUGCAAGAGAAACAUGUCAUUAUGGAUAGAAAAGUUCUGUAUCUGUUAUGGUGUAUGCAUUGUGAUCUCAAACCUUUA